UAUCACGAAUGCACAUGUAUUUUAUGUGGCUUGUAUUUUCACGUUCCAGUUGAUGACGAUGACGGUGUCGUAUUUGAAGACGACGCUGAUGAGAACGAGGGAUACCUAUUCGCUGGGCAAUGUACUAAUUUCAAUCUUUGUAUGAUACCAAUGCUUAUAUAAAUACAUAUGUCUUACUCAUUGUUUCCAAAAAAAUAUCAGAUGAGGAUACCGAUGAGGAUAUAGAGGUCGAUGGUAGUCAAGAUGAAUCGACUGCCACUGAUGUUCCUGACCCGUACGACAAGGUGUACAGCAACAUCCCUGAAGAAACACAUAUGCUCAAGACUGUUCCCAACUGCGGUUAUUGCACCGCGAAGAAGUUUGAGUAUGAGACACCUGGUUUUUGUUGUCGUGGUGGGAAGGUUGAGCUAGCCCCACUAGAGACCCCUCCCCAACUCAAGAGGUUGUGGGAUAGUGCAGACUCUGAUGCUAGGCACUUUCGUGAUAACAUUAGGUUUUUUAAUGGCCAUCUCUCUUUCACUUCCCUAUACUGUUGCCUCGAUAGUAUGACAACUAAUGUAAGGGAUUCUGGUAUAUACACGUUCCGAGCACAGGGCAUGAUGUAUCACAAUAUCAAGUCAUUUGGUAGGGAUGGUGGGGCAGAGCAUAAACACCUUGAGCUUUACUUUUAUGAUGAUGAUCCCACUCUCGAGCAUCGGUACCGUAAGUGUCGCGAAGAGCAUCAACAGAAAGACAAAGAGGUUAUUCGACAGAUAGUCGACAUACUACGUGGAAACCCGUACUCCGAGCACCUUAGGACCAUGGGUCACGUUGAGAACCUUGAUGACUAUCGUAUCGCGUUGAACCUAGACCAGACGUUGAACCAGAAGACAUAUAACACACCUCUCACUUCGGAGGUGGCCGCUAUCUGGAUCGAAGGGAGCGAAGGGCGAGGCCAGUUCAGCAAGAGUGUUAUGCUCCAUGGGAAGGACAGUUCAAGCCACUGCAUCCGCUCAUACCAUGGAUGCUACGAUGCACUAUCAUAUCCAUUGUUCUUCCCUAGAGGCGAACUUGGCUGGCACGCAAAUAUCCCAAAGGUCGGAGUAUCCAUGGACGAAGUGGAUGCAUACCGUGCGACACAUAGGGCAAGUAAUGCAAAUGAUGAAGAUGCGGGUUAGUUGUUUGUUUAUAUUUUGAAAUAUUUGCGCAUUAUUAACUAUCUUUUCAUCAUCACUCACUUUAUAAUCCUUGCGUAUGCAGAAUCUCCUAGCCAUUUAUGUGUGUCUGUACGUGACUACUACUGCUACAAAUUCCAGAUUCGCCCCGGGGUAUUCAAUCCUAUACUUCAUGGAAAGCGGCUUUUUCAGCAGUUCGCGGUCGACACGUACAUAAAGAUUGAGAACUCUCGUUUAGAUUACAUACGCAAAAAUCAGGAUCGGUUAAGGGCAGACCUGUACCAGGGCUUGGUGGAUAGCAUGCUAGAUGGAGAUAUUAGAGGAGAGAAGGUCGGCAAGCGAACUGUGCUGUCGACGUCGUUUAUCGGCGGUCCUCGUGACAUGAGACGUCGGUAUAUGGAUGCUAUGGCUUUGGUGCGGAAGUUUGGUAAACCAGACAUAUUUCUUACCAUGACAUGUAACCCUAACUGGGAUGAGAUAAGGAGGGAGCUUCUCCCUGGGCAGACACCGCAAGAUCGUUCAGAUCUUGUAGUGCGUGUCUUUCAUGCGAAGCUACAAGAGUUAAAGCAUCGGCUGACUAAACAGGAUAUUCUUGGUAAGGUCCGAGCCUACGUCUAUGUCGUGGAGUUUCAGAAGCGGGGUUUGCCGCAUGCCCAUUUUCUACUCAUAAUGCAGAGGAAGUACAAGCUCACAUGUCCUGAGCAGUACGACCUUUUGAUCUCAGCCGAGAUCCCAAGCAACAAGUACCCUGAACUACGAAAGAUGGUUAUCAAGCAUAUGAUGCAUGGCCCGUGUGGGUCGCUAAACCCUAACUGCCCAUGCACUAAGGGUCGUAAAUCGUGCAAGAAUCAUUACCCUCGGCCUUUCAGUGACACAACCUUGCAAGGGAAGGAUUCGUACCCUAUUUAUAGACGUCGUGACGAUGACCGUAAAGAAAAGGUCCGAGGGUGCGAACUGGACAAUAGAUGGGUUGUCCCUUAUAACCCAUACCUCCUUCGUCUCUUCAACUGCCACAUCAAUGUCGAGGCAUGUGGGAGCAUCAAGGCUGUUAAAUACCUGUUCAAAUACAUAUACAAAGGCCAUGAUCGUGCGUCUGUUGUUAUGAGAGAUGCGAGCAAGGCAGAUGAUGAUGUUGAUGAGAUCAAGCAGUAUAGAGAUGCAAGGUGGGUGACUCCUCUAGAAGCCUUGUGGAGGAUAUACGGCUUUGAGCUUAGUCAGAUAUCUCCACCUGUUAUGCAGCUUCAACUCCAUCUUCCAAACAUGCACAUGGUGGCGUUUCAUGAGCGGCAAAUGGUCGAGCGAGUCGUCAACCGUCCAGGUGUUGAUAGGUCGAUGCUCACAUCAUAUUUUGAGGCGAAUAGGCUACACGAGGAGGCUCGUGGCAUCCUAUAUCGUGACUUCCCUGAGUGGUACACUUGGCAGAGUGGUAAGGGAAAAGUAUGGCAACGGAGGAAACGAGAUACAGGUGGACAAGUCGGUAGGAUAGUCUCUGCUCAUCCGGCUGAGGGGGAGCGCUACUAUCUUCGUGUUCUCCUAAACCACGUGACUGGUGCCGCCUCCUAUGUGGAUCUAAGGACAGUUGAUGGUGUCACCCUACCGACUUUUCGUGAGGCAGCAGAGAGAAGGGGACUACUUGAGUCGGACAACACACUGGAUGAGUGUCUCACUGAACGUGCUCUUUUCCAGAUGCCAUCGUCGCUGCGACGGCUUUUUGCCACAAUACUGGUUUACUGUGAGCCAAGCGAUGUGGCUGUACUCUGGCAGAAACACAAAGAUUCUAUGUCCGAGGACUAUCAACACAAGAGUCAGAACAAAACUCAUGUUGAGCAGAUGGUAUUGAUUGAUAUUAGGAACAUGCUGCAGUCAAUGGGAAAGGACAUAAAGACAUUCCCUCUACCUCCUAUGAUCGACGCGUAUGACGAUGAUAUUGGUACUGCUCGGGAGGUUUACGAGGAGGAAAGUAUCCAACCGACAAUGGAAGAUGUGGCUCUUAAAGACUCUCUUAACGAGGAACAGAGGGCCGCCUAUGAUAAGAUUAUGUCUGCCGUUGACACCGAUCAGGGCGGAUUAUUCUUUGUGGAUGGACCUGGUGGCACCGGGAAGACUUAUCUAUACAGAGUGCUGCUCGCGACGCUACGCAACCAGGGCAAGAUUGCAGUGGCAACAGCUACAUCUGGCGUUGCGGCUUCCAUAAUGCCUGGAGGAAGAACCGCCCAUUCACGCUUCAAGAUACCACUCACUAUUGACGAUGGCGCUGUAUGUAGCUUCACGAAGCAGAGUGGAACAGCAGAGUUGCUACGGAAAGCAUCUCUCAUUAUCUGGGACGAGGCUUCUAUGACUAAGAGACAAGCCGUGGAGGCACUGGACAAUAGCAUGCGCGAUAUAAUGGGUCGCCCCGCACUGCCAUUUGGUGGUAAAACCAUUGUUUUCGGUGGAGAUUUCAGACAGGUCUUGCCUGUUGUUCGUAAAGGGUCAAGGGCUCAAGUGGUCGCAUCUUCUCUACGGAUGUCUUACCUAUGGGAGUCCAUGUCCCACUUAAAGCUUGUUAGCAACAUGAGAGCAAAAAACGACCCUUGGUUUGCGGAGUUUUUGCUGCGCGUAGGCGGUGGAACUGAGGAAACAAAUAGUGACGGCGACAUUCGUCUUCCUGAUGAUGUGUGUGUGCCUUACAGUGGGAGUGACAACGAUCUUGACAACCUAAUAGACUUUGCUUUCCCAAAUCUCAACGAAAAUAUGUCUGAUUCUACCUACAUCACUUCAAGGGCAAUACUGUCAACACGGAACGACUGGGUUGAUAUGAUAAAUGUUAAGAUGAUUGAUCGUUUUCAAGGGGAGCAUAUGGUGUACCAUAGUUUCGAUAGCGCCAUGGAUGAUCCCCACAACUACUACCCACCCGAGUUCCUAAACACAUUGACGCCUAAUGGGCUACCACCUCAUGUUUUGAAGCUCAAGAUUGGAUGUCCUGUUAUAUUGCUCCGGAAUAUAGACCCUGCAAAUGGACUUUGCAAUGGCACCAGGCUGGUCGUUCGUGGCUUCCAAAGAAAUAGCAUUGACGCAGAGAUUGUACUGGGUCAACACGUUGGAAAACAGAUUUUCCUACCGCGUAUACCGCUGUGUCCCUCCGAUGAAGAGAUGUUCCCUUUCCAGUUCAAAAGAAAGCAGUUUCCUGUACGGCUUAGCUUUGCAAUGACGGUUAACAAAGCACAGGGUCAGACUAUUCCCAAUGUUGGUGUAUACUUGCCUGAACCAGUGUUCUCUCAUGGCCAACUAUAUGUUGCUCUAUCUAGAGCGACAACCCGAUCGAACAUAAAGAUUCUUGUCAUCCCAGCUGUCGAUGGGAGGAAAAAGUCAAGGAAGGGUGUAAAGAAAACCCCCACCGUAGAUUGUGGAACAUAUACCAAGAACAUCGUCUACAAAGAGGUCCUAACAAAUUAGACCCAUGGUAAGAGUUGCAUGUUCAACUAACAAACUAAUAGGAUGAUGUUUCUCUUAUGUUUGAUUGGUCUGGUGUAUUAUCAAGUCAUGUUUGCAUGCUACAAUUUUUUUAUUAGAGCCGCACAUGUUUGUGUAUUAUUAGAGCAUGCAUACUAUCUUAAAGUAUUGUUGAGUUUUGGAUCAUUUGUGAAAUUAGCAAUAUUAAUUUUUAUGCAUCUAACAAUUUGUUUUGAAUGUAGGUUUUUGUCCCGCGAGAAUGGAAUCUCUAUUUGUAGGCUUGUCUCAUAACAAGCCAAAAAAAUCGGUGGCAACCGCAAUAGUUCGAGAAGACUAUAUUUGCACGCAAGGUGAUCUUGCUCUCAUCGAUUUUAUCAAGGAAAUCCCUUGUGAACCAAGGGUAGAAGUCGUUCUUAUUGAUGAUGCCUUUGUUGAAAGGAAGUGGAUGGAGUGUUUAUUUCAGCCGAGCGCAUAUUUAGGUGACGAGGUUAUAGACUGUUACAUAAAUUUGAUAAAAGCUCAAAAGCAUCUAAAGUGCCGAUCUGGAGGUCGCGUUCACAUAGAAAAUGCUUUCCAGUUCAAUUUCCUGAAGCGAGAUGGUGAUCUUGAAAUUAAAACAGAGGAGCUAUAUCCAAUUAAAGACAUGGCACACAUAUGUAGCGCUGAACGAAGGGUGUUACUUUACCUAGACCAUGACAUGGUGUUUAUUCCGAUAAACAUCCGAGAGACGCACUGGUAUCUUGCUGUGAUCCAUGCAAGAAAUAUGGAGAUACAAGUGCUCGAUUCACUUGGUACUUCACAAGACCGCAAAGACCUCACUGACUCUAUUAAAGGACUGCAAAGACAAAUAGAUAUGAUAUCUCAACGUAAGGAGUUAAAAGACCACAGGUGGCCAGACCUCCAAGUUGCUUCUUGGCCGCUCAGAGAAAUAGACAUGGGAUAUGCAAAGCAGACAGAUAGCUCUUCAUGUGGCCUCUUUCUUUUGAACUAUAUCGAAUACUGGACAGGGGAUGAACUGUCUCACAGUUUUACCCAG